AUGGAACCUCCACAUAUGCUUAUCCCAAGCCCAAUAUUUCAUAAAAGAAACAGAACCAUGUCUCAAUCAGAAGGUGCCUCUAAAGGAGAGCAUGGUAUUGGAAAAAUAAUUAGCUUUUGUCGUGAUAAAGGACAUGGUUUUAUUAAACCUGAUAACAGUGAUGAUUGUAUUUUCGUGCAUGUUUUUGAUAUCGACGGUGAAUACGUGCCUAUCGAGGGAGACGUUGUGGAAUAUCGUAAGAUGCUCAUCCCUCCGAAGAAUGAAAAGUACCAAGCAGUUCACGUUAGAAUAGUCAACCUUAGUCCAGAAAAGCAUAAAACCUGGGAUGAACCAGCCUAG